AUGGUGCCAGCUGUACCGGUCGACAUCAACGAGUGGCUGAUUCCCGUCGGCAUCCAUCUGGCCGACACAGAAUUCAACAAGCCGGACCGCAUCGACAUGCUUUUGGGAGUAACCAUGUAUUUUUUCCGGUUGCUAAAAACGGGACAUCUACCGGAACUGCGCGAGACUCACCUCGGUUGGGUCAUCGUCGGAGAUGUUGGAGACACAGCACCAAGCCCGCAGUACACACACACUGCCACACUCGACGACAUCAACGAGGCGAUCCAGAGAUUCUGCCUCGCUCUUCGGCGCUUCCUGUCGCUGGAGCGGCGACUCGCCCGGGACCCUGACUUGAAGCUGCAAUACGGUGAGUUCAUUAGGGAAUAUGAGGAACUGGGGCACUGCAAGUCGGCUGACGAGGCCGACGAUUUACCAAACACGAGCCGCUACUACAUGCCCCAUCACGCGAUCCUACACCCCUCGAGCUCCACGAUCAAGUUGCGUGUCGUAUUUGACGCGUCUGCAAAGAUGUCUCCCACGAGCGUGUCCCUGAACGAAGCCCUUCAGGUCGGAGGCACUGUCCAGAGCGAUCUGUUCUCCAUCCUCCUUGCCUUCCGGAAGCACCCCGUCGCCUUCACUGCAGACCUCUCGAAAAUGUACCGCAAGAUUCGAGUGGCCCUGUCUGACACCCGCUUCCAGCGAAUCUUCUGGCGGGCCGAUCCGUCUGAGUUCAUCCGGGUCCUGGAACUCACUACGGUGACUUACGGUACGACGUCCGCUCCCUUUCUUGCGCGAUGUCUGGUCCAGCUCUGCGACGAUGAAGGUGAACAUUUUCCGCGAGCUGCCAAAAUCGUGCGCGAGGCCUGCUACGUUGAUGACAUCCUCUCUGGUGCGAGCUCUCCCGAUGAAGCAAUUGAUUGUCUGACGCAACUGCAAGGCAUGCUCGGUCGCGGUGGAUUUCCCAUCCACAAGUGGACAUCCAAUGAGCCAGUUGUGAUGGAACGCAUACCUGAGUGUGAUCGCGAGAAGCUGAUCGACCUGGACGGAUUGGUCGGCGGUGUGGUCAAGGCCCUGGGGCUCUAUUGGAGUCCAGGAGACGACGAGUUCCGUUUCACUGUUACGUUCGCAGUCUGCUCCCAAACGGCAAGUGCAAUAUGA